GACACUUCUCUUUAACUGCAAAGUCCCCUCGCAGACAUUAGGAAACCACAUCUGUUACCAAACAACUAUGGCAGAAGCCAAGCAAGGAGGUGCAGGGGUCUUUGCCAAAAAUGUCCAGAAGAGAAUCUCUCGUGCACAGGAAAAGGUUCUACAAAAACUAGGAAGAACCAUAGAAACCAAAGAUGAGAUGUUUGAACAGUGUUCUUAUAAUUUUAAUAAGCAACAGAAUGAAGGUAAUAAAUUAUACAAAGAUUUAAAGUCUGCUUUCAGUGCUGUAAAAGCAAUGCACGAAAGCUCUAAGAGAUUAGCAGAAACACUCCAUGCCAUUUACAGAGCUGACUGGGACGGAUAUAAUGAGCUCAAAGCGAUUGUAGAGAACAAUGACCUUCUGUGGAGUGAUUAUGAGCAGAAGUUAUCUGACCAAGCUGUGCACAUCAUGGAGAAUUACAUGUCACAGUUUCCUGAAAUGAAGGAGAAAAUUGCAAAACGAGGAAGAAAAUUGGUGGAUUACGACAGUGCCAGGCACCACCUGGAGGCUCUACAGAACGCCAAGAAAAAAGAUGAGGCAAAAAUCACUAAGGCAGAAGAGGAUUUUAAUAAAGUACAGAUGAUCUUCGAAGAUUUGAAUAAGGAACUGCGGGAUGAGUUGCCAGUUCUAUACAGCAGCCGAGUCGGAUGCUAUGUGACUAUUUUCCAGAACAUUUCAAAUCUAAGGGAUGUUUUCUACAAGGAGAUGAGUAAGCUUAACCAUGAUCUAUAUGAAGUCAUGAGUAAACUAGAGAAGCAGCAUUCCAACAAAGUUUUUGUCAUUAAAGGAGUUAAAAGUAAAAGAAAUUCUCUGGUGAUCUCAUCUCCCAUAAGUUCUACCAAUUCGUUUUUCAUGGCUUCAGUAGACCCUGGGACAAACACUACAACUACUGGAAAAGAGUCCAUAGAUCAGAAGUGUGAGGAGAGUUCCCUAUCCUCCACUGCCAGUGAGCCACACGAUCCCUCCAUAGAUGGCCUUUCUUGUACAUUAUCUGAGGAGGUAGUGCAUGAUGUAUCACCAGUUCAUCCGGAUGAUGUUUGUGGGAAACAAUUGGAGGAAUCUGAAAGUGAGAAUUCAGAGGGAUUUGUACAGAUCAACACAACUGAAUGUAAAGAGGAGAUGUACUCUGAGGAAAAUACAACAACUGAAUUAGAAAAAAGAAAUGCUGCUUGUGAGGAUUUCACAGACACUGAAGAAGUGUCGCAGCAUAGUACUGGAAUUACUGAAGACAAGGAGUCAGAUAAAAUGAUACUGGAAAAUGCAGAUAUAAUAACAACACAAAGCCAAAGUGGAACUGAAGACAGUACAUUGGGAGAUUCAGGUCGCUGCAUUGAAACGGUUGCAGAUGAACAUGCACCUGCAGGUCCAGGUGAUACAAUACAGCUGGACGCUGGAGACACAACAGCCAAAGACACCGGAAAAAGUAUACAGCAUCAUUCAAAUGAUGUAAACCAAGUGAGCUCAGUGCAUGCACCGCAGGAUAAUUUACAAAAUACAACACAAGUUUAUGCAAAAUAUCCAUCAGAGGCUGAAAUGGUGCACCAGGAUAUGGGAGGCAUGCAGGACAUGGUAGAAUCCAGUGAUAGAACCCCAGACAAGUCAGGAGAUGCAACUACAGAGGAUUCAAAGAACAAUUCACAAGAGUCUUUCAGUGACAAUUGCCAGGAAGACACAGAGGACAUAACACAAAAUGAUUCAGAUGAUAGAACACAGGCUAAUUCCAGAUCAGGAACGCAAAAGGGCACAGGGGACAAAGAGGAGCAUAAAUCUCAGGAUAACAGAAUGCAACGCUCCAACACUGCAGUUUCAUCAGAAUCUAAAGGUAUACCUGAAGACAAUGACUCUGUCGGCCAUACGGCUACUUGCACCACACCACAAGCACCUGAAGAAAUGAAUCCACAACCAAAUGUUGGUACUGACGUACUGAUUGGGAGGCAGCAGAAUGAUUCAGGUUGUGAAAACCAAGUGAUCGUACCAAUGUCUACACAGACACAGGAUUCAAAACUGUAGCUAAUGUGGACAUAAAUUACUCCACAUAAGCCAAGGAACAAUGGCCAUCAUUCCGAGUUGUUCGCUCGCUAGCAGAUUUUAGCAGCAUUGCACACGCUAGGCCGCCGCCCUCUGGGAGUGUAUCUUAGCAUAGCAGAAUAGCGAACGAAAGAGUAGCAGAAUUGCGAAUAAAUAAUUCUUAGCAGUUUCUGAGUAGCUCGAGACUUACUCCUGCACUGCGAUCAGCUCAGCCCGUUUCGUUCCUGGUUUGAUGUCACAAACACGUCCUGCGUUUGGCCAGCCACUCCCCCGUUUCUCCAGAUACUCCCGCGUUUUAUCCUGGCACGCCUGCGUUUUUCCGCACACUCCCAGAAAACUGUCAGUUUCCGCCCAGAAACACCCACUUCCUGUCAAUCACACUCCAAUCACUUCAAUGAAAAUUCUUCGAUCGGACGUGAGUAAAUCUACUAAGUUUUGUGCUAAAAUACUUAGCGCAUGCGCGCUGCAUACCAUGCGCAUAUUUACCUUAAUCACUCCGUUGCAAAAAUCGGCAACGAGCGGACAACUCGGAAUGACCCCCAAUAUGUCACUGUACAUGUUUACAACACAAUUAAUAUCUCCUUUUCAGAAGGAUAGCAUCAUUCUACAUAUUUACCUUCUUUAUUAACAUCCACUGACUGCAAAUAGUGUUGUUUGAAAAUCUAUAACUUCUUUAUGUUAAUGCUGAAGAUUGACCCACUUGUAUUGAGGCUCUGAUAUUUCAGAGUGUCUAAACCAUGUGUCUUACUCAAUUACUUUUGCUUAUUGUAUUCCGGGAGACAGGGCCGGAUUAAGCCUUUGGGGGGCCUGGGGUACUUAAGAUAGGGGGGGGCCUCUUGUCAGGACCAUCCCCCUGGUUAUGUCUGAUGUGUGUGUGCCUCCUCACCCUGCAACAGCAAUUCCCUGUACCCACAUCCAGAGCCAGAUUUAGACCAUCAGUUUGGGUCCUCCCUUCCCCAACUGCAUGCAGUUUCUCUCUCUCUCUCACACACACACACACACACACACACACACACACACACACACACACUGCCCCCAUAGCAAUACACACAUACUGCCCCCAUAGUGUCACACAUGCCGGGUUGGUGACGUCGGCGGUCACACGGCGUGGGCGGUGCUGGGAGAUCACAUGAUCUGCUUUUUUUGGGGACUAGCCCCAUAAAGAAUUCCUUUUUG